GUCCCUGCAAAAACAUCAGACCUACAUGUUCAUGGUAAAUUGUGAUACUGAAAUCAAAGUACCUAUAUUGAACCUUUUUCAAUGUCUUUAUUGAAAACAGGUAUGUUACUUUAUGAUUUGUGAAAGCUGUGGUAGUGAAUGAUGCCAUUUUAUUGUAAUAUGGAUCCGAUGAUUGUGGCUACCAGCUUUGAGAGGCAGACACGAAGUUCCUUGUGACUUGUUUGCCUACCUAUUGUCAGUAACUUUGAGGGGUCAUGCUAACUUCACCGAACGCGUAGGAGAGCAUACUUUGGCUCAGCCUGGAAGACUUUGCUAACAUCUGUCCUAGCAAAAGCAGAACUUCGCUGAAUCUUCCACCGGAUCGGAACCGCGGCUCACUGGAAGAUCCGGCGAGAUACUCAGUGAGGUUUUCUUGUGACCGAAUUAUUUGUCAUCAAGCAUAAAUGUUAGGUGACGGACUGCUUAUUUAUGAAGAUGUUUUUAAAUACGAUUCCAACAUUUCGAAAACAAUAUGCUAAUCUUCAUUUACUGAGAAACACAAUUAUUAUUUUCUCAGAUCUAUCACGGUGACAAGACAACCGAGCCAAGGGUAUGAUUCAUUAAUAAAAAAGAGCAUGGCGUCAUUUAAAACAAGAAUUUAACAUAUUUUGUUUCGCUCCUGUCAAAUGCAUUAAAGUUGAAAAGAGACGGCGAUAUUAACAUUGUCUCGUUCUGUUGAGGAAAAUUCAAAUUCAGAACGCUUCGAGCCGAGCUAUUCUGAUUCAGUAAUAAGUUUGGCGCCAAAUCGACUGUACGUUGUCACUUGCGUGUUUCUUAUUUGCAUUUUAAACUGUGAUAUUAUUUUUAGUUUCAAUUUAUCUGGUGAGUGUUCAAUAUUAUAUUAAGUUUGUAUCGGAGCUCGGGUGUCAAUAAAAAUAAGGUCUACGUCUUUUGGUCUUAAAAUUAUUUUAUACCUUCGCUUCCAAAUUCGAACAAUUAUUCACACACAUUUUGGAAUAACCCCUUCACAUCUCUAUAUGUAGUUUAAAAAGAUCUCGGCUUAACUAUAUAGUUUUAACGUCGCUUGUCCACAGCCCAAGAUGUCCAUUCACAUCAAAGAUUCCGACGACCUGAAGACAAGGCUGGCGGAAGCAGGCGACAAGCUCGUCGUGAUCGACUUCAUGGCGACCUGGUGCGGACCGUGCAAGAUGAUCGGGCCUAAACUGGACGAGAUCGCCGCCGAAAUGUCAGAUUCCAUCGUCGUUGUGAAGGUGGACGUUGAUGAGUGCGAGGACAUCGCCAGCGAGUACAACAUUAACUCGAUGCCGACGUUCGUCUUCGUUAAGAAUGGCAAGAAACUGGACGAAUUCUCUGGCGCUAACGUCGACAAACUCAAAACAACUAUCCUUAAACACAAGUAAAUAGAGACUAAAGUUGUACGCAGCCGCCGAUGGAAACUAAGAUGGAAUUAAAAAAAAAAAACAUGUAUACGUUUUUAAUAAAUGAAUAAAAAAUGUUUUUAACGUCUGUAAUGAAUUUGAAGAUAUUAAUUUUUUGUGUUUGCAGCCUCUGGAAUGCAAAAAAUAUUGGUUCUGUUGUAAUCAAACAAUUCAAUAAAUAAAACUAGAUAUUAGUUAAUAAUUUACAACCCAAACUGUAUUUCUAUUUUGGUUUUUUUUACCAAGUGGUUGCUAAGGAACUUUAAUGUAUGAAUUGUUAUGUUUUUAUUUUUAUUUUUGUCCGGCUUACUCAAAUGUAUAAUCUCACCAAUACUAAUCAAUGUGUAAGAUAAGUUUCCAUCGUGCUUUUAAAAACUUUUGUAAGUAACAAGUAUCACAAUGUUUUUUUUUUUUAUGUUAUGCAAGUAGAAGCAUGUUUUUUUAACGCCGUGCUUAUGCGCUUAAGGUCAGCGUACAACUAGUACAUACCCAUAUGGUUUCUGUGUAUUUUGCAUUAUAUAUAAAAAUAUGUAUGUUACAGAGUAUUGUUACAUUGAUAAAAUUUAUGAAAAAAAUUAUUUGUGUUUUAUUUGACAAUAUCGUUUUUAAAUAUAUUUUCUGAACAGAUAAACAAAAUUCCGUUUGCAAUGUCAAUGUCAAAAUGUGUAAAAUGUCUUAAAUAUUGACGUAAACAUAUUAGUAAAUUUAAUACAUUAUCUGUGUACAGAAUAGUGAUCAUAGAUAAUACACUUAAUAUU